AUGGUCAAAAUACAAGAUAAUGGUCUUGAUAUUCUAACAUGGCCUCAGAGCCAGGUUCGAUCGUUUGCACUAGGCGUUCGAUUCUGUAAAGAUGCUGUGUUUUCCUUUAAGCUAGUGUGUGAAGGUCUGCGUCCAACAUGGCUGGAUCUGGAUCUGGAGGGGAGGUCUCAUGGAUUAUGGGAUCUGGUUGAAAAAGGAUUAGAGUGGUCAGAUUCGAAAGGAGCUGAUGAUUCUGUUGAAAAGAAGAAUCAAAGGGAGCUGGUGAAUCUGGCAUUGAGGCUGAUUCAAGGGUCAGUAUCUGAUGAGAUUUUUCCCCGGAUUUCUCAUGAAGAAACUUCUAAAGGAGCUUGGGAUCUCUUGAUGCAGGAAUUUCGAGGUGACAAACAGAUGCUAAAUCGGCUAAAACUGGAGAUCAUAACAAUAGGUAGCAUAAGAAUUGGAAAUCAAAAGGCAAGAAGUGGGAUAACAAGACAAGUGAAGGCACUAAAACUCCCUGCAAGCACUGUGCUCGGCCACAUUGCAAAAGAUUGCUAUAGCAAGAAAACAACACAGCAGGUUAACUAUGCUACUCAAGUGGAAGCUGCACCAACUAUGUUCAAUGCUAGCAAUGCAAUUGGUGCUGGUAUAACAAGGGAUGAAGAAGUUUGGUAUUUGGACAGUGGGUGUAGUAAUCACAUGACAGGAAAAGAGGAUCUGCUGGUGGAUAUUGACAGAAAUGUGACUGGCAAAGGCACACUUGUGGUUGAAACCAAAGUAGGCAAGAGAUAUAUCAAAGAAAUAAUGCUGGUACCUGGACUGAAAGAGAACUUGCUCAGCGUGGGUCAAAUGAUAGAGCACGGCUACUAUUUGGUAUUUGGAAACCACAAGGUGGAAAUCUACAAUGACAGCUCUCUCUCAAAUCUUGUUGCAAAGGCUGAAAUACACUUAGCUUAUAAAGCAAGUGUAGAUCAUUCUACUGAACUUUGGCAUAGAAGGUUUGGACAUCUAAACAUGAGUAGUCUGAAAUUGUUGAAAGAACAAGAUAUGGUAGUUGGACUACCAGAAAUUAAAGGGAUUAAAGAGGUGUGUGAAGGGUGUGUUCUAGGCAAGCAGUGUAGAGAAGCAUUUCCAAGAGAGGCUACCACUAGAGCACUAACUCCACUAGAACUCAUUCACAGUGACAUCUGUGGUCCUAUGCAGACAGUUACCAAAGCUGGAAAUCGGUUCUUUCUCACUUUCAUAGACGAUUGCACAAGGAUGUGUUGGGUCUAUUUCUUAAGACACAAGUCUGAAGCUCUAACUGUGUUUAAGAAAUUCAAAGCCACUGUGGAAUUGCAAAGUGGUUAUAAACUGAAAAAGUUGAGAAGUGAUAGAGGGGGAGAAUACACUUUAGUGGAGUUUGACAGUUUCUGUGAAGAUGUAGGAAUUGAAAGACAGCUUACAACCCCAUACACACCACAGCAAAAUGGUGUGGCGGAGAGGAAAAAUAGAACUAUAGUAGAAAUGGCCAAGUGUUUGAUGUUGGAGAAGAAAAUUCCAUUUGAUUUUUGGGCUGAGGCAGUCAACAUAUCUAUGUAUAUUUUGAAUAGGUGUCCAACUAAAGCCUUGAGCAAAAAGACACCAUUCGAAGCCUAUAGUGGAAGGAAACCAGGGGUUAAGCAUCUAAAGGCAUUUGGCUCAUUGUGUUAUGCUCAUGUACCAAAACAGCAAAGACAGAAAUUAGAUCUUGCAAGCAAGAGGUGUAUCUUCCUGGGGUAUGGCAGCUGUGAGAAAGGAUACAGGCUGUAUAAUAUUGAAACUGGGAAGAUGAUUGUGUCAAGAGAUGUCAUAUUUAGUGAGAACGUAUGUUGGGAUAGGAAUGCAAAUAAGGAAACUGGUGUGAACAUUCAGCUCACUGGAAUCCGAGAAGAAGAACAAGGAGAAGAAGGGAGUUCUUGUGAAUUUGAAGAACAAUUAGAAGUGAAUGAAGUGCCUAGCUUAAACACUGAAAACAGUGAUCAAGAAAGGGUCACAAGUCCGCAGGAUGUUGAUCAUACUCCUCUCAAAUACAAGAGCAUUGCAGAAAUUUAUGAAAAAUGCAAUAUGUGCAUUAUAGAACUAGAAAGUUUUGAAGAGGCAGCAAAGGAUGACUCUUGGAAGAAAGCAAUGGAAGAUGAAAUCACUAUGAUUGAAAAGAACAAUACAUGGGAACUUGUGGAUAGACCAUUUGAUAAACCAAUCAUUGGAGUCAAAUGGGUCUAUAAAACAAAACUAAACCUAGAUGAAUCUGUGCAGAAGAAUAAGGCUCGACUGGUUGUGUUUGGGCCUAAAAAUUGA